GGCCACUCGCUGGGCUCUGUCAGUCCGGGCUGAGCAGGAGCUGGGAUCUCCCACUCCCUCCACGGCUCGGCUCCGCUCCGCCUCGGCUGAACUGCUCCCACGGAUAACAGGGAAAGGGGUGGGGAGGAAAGACUGCCCCGAGGACACCUCUCUCUUGCAGGACAUGGAGAACAGGCCAGCAGAGACCAACUCAGAGGUGGACAAGUCAGCAUCACCCUCAGUGGCUCAGCUAGCAGGGAAGUUCAAAGAGCAAGCAGCCAAUGUCCCUGGAAAAGAGGUACCACCACAUAAGCCAACUCGGAGGAAACCACCCUGCUCCCUUCCCUUGUAUCCCCACAAAACUGAGACAAGUGACAAUGAUGAGCAAAAGCGGUCGCCAAAUGCUUGCCCCGUUCCCAAGGUCAAGGUGAAAAGCUCACCCAUGAUUGAAAAGCUGCAGGCCAAUCUGGCUUUCGCUCCAGCUGCUCUGCUGCCGGGAGCGUCUCCCAAAAGCCCUGGGCUGAAGGUCCUGGUUUCUCCGUUCAGCACGCCUCCCUCAACGCCCACCAGCCCAGGGACUCAGUCCCAGCCCAGCGAGACGCCGGUCAGCUUUGAUCAGCCCCCAGAAGGCACCCAGCUGCAGUUCUACAACAAGGUGCGGACGCGAGGAUCCAUAAAGCGCAGGCCUCCCUCCCGGAGGUUCCGGAGAUCUCUGUCCGAGUACGGAGACGGGGAAGAUUUAGGGGUCAACUUGUCCUCCCCAGAAAAUGGUGCCAGGGAAGAUGAGGUCUUUGGGCCCAACGGCAAGACAGAGGAGGUGGAAACAGGGAGCAGAGAGCAGAAGAAACAGGCAGGGUCUGACCAGAAGCCAGCAUCGAGCACGGGAUCCAGCAGAUCAGAGGAUGAAGAAGAAGGGAGCAAAGAGCAGAAGCAACAGGCAGAGUCUGAUGAGAAGCCCCCAUCAAGGAGAGCAUCCAGUCGAUCAGAAGAUGGGGAAAAAGGGGGAAAACAGGCAGAGGAAAUUACUCCAUGCAAGAAUAACACAGGGAAUACAAAGGAGGAGGAAGUGUGUCAUGAUGCCCCAGGAGAGGAGAACUCUCCUCAGCCUCCCUCUGGAAACAACGAGACGUGUGACAGUCCCCAGGGAGAAGAGCGGCAAAGCGCUGCCUGUGAACAAGGAAAGGGGGACAAGGAGAAGGAGGGAGCUGAAGCUGAAACAAAGGAGAGCAGUGAGAGCACAGACGCACAGAGAACAUCAGACACUGAAGAAGCAGCACUGGCACAGGAUGCAGGGGGAUUAGGGACUGCCAGUGAGCCUUCAGUGUCAGUCACGCAGGACCAGGGCACAGCGUAGCUGUGACACACAGGACACACCCAAUCAGGGCAGAGGAGACCUAACACGUGGAUGGGAGCCAUCUAACCCAAUCGAGAUGGAAGCUGCUGGAAAACCUUCAGUGGCAGGAGAGGAGCAGAAUGCAGAAAUCCCCUGCGGUCCAGACUCAUCACAGAGCUGAGUGGACACUUGCUGGCUCCCUGCUUUGCACCAUCAUAUUUUGGGAUGGCUGGAACAAGAGACUGUUUUGCAAUCUCUUCAGCGUUCAAAGCUCAGGUGAUGGCUGGCAUUCCUUGGUGAUAUUUGGGGACUGAGAGACCUGAUACCAGCCGUCCUGGAGCCAACCGCCACCACCACUCGUGGUCCUUCUGCUUCUUCAUCCUGCUCCAAAAUGUCAUUUUCUUCUCCCCUGCAUUGGUCUUAGAUGAAGUUCAUCAGUUAUGUACAUACAUACACGUAUGGUGCCUUUUUGGUCGCUUCUUUUAAAGUACUUUGGGUUCUAAAACUUCACUAAAUAAUGUUUUAACAAUAGGAAACAGUAUGUUUUCUCCAUAUGUGCUGUAUGGCAAACGAUGUCCCCCCUGAACACGGGGAAAACUCCUAGAAGAUUGAUCAUAAAAAUAUAUAAAUACAAAAUAUAAAAGGAAAAUCCCUAUGAAGUGGGGCUGAUCUGUGAAACAGCCACCUGUGGUAGGCUAGUAGGUCCUGUGUGCUUCAGCUUUGGGGUGCUUUUAGUGUGGUGGAAAGUGACAAUCAGCAGACGGUAUGCAAAGAAAAGAUGUGCUGAGUAGGUCAGCAGGGCAAGUUCUCUUAUCUGGCUCCGGGCUGCAGUCCAGAUUUAGAAGGGCUGCUUGCCCAUCAGUCUUUCUCACUUCCGGACCAUAUCCAGUCUGUGUUGAAACUUCUGCUGUUUGGCCACCAAGAGCCACUCAGUAUAGAAAGCAUCCCAGCUUCCUGGAAACAGCCAAUUAAUUUUGUGCAGGUCAAAGAAGUCCUAGCUGGCUGAGUUUCCAGUGGAGUUGCCUGGCUGAAUUGGUGAAGCUCAGGCAGCCAGUCCCUCCUCAGUACUGUACGGGAUUUGCAUUCACUCUUGGGCUACUAAAAGUCAUGGGCUAGCAGUCACUACGAUUUGAAUCUGGGCAGUAUUUGAGGGAAUGUCAGAAUGUCAGACCCUCACUUGACCAGUUUCCUGACAGCAGUACCUGAAGCUGAACAAAAUGUCCAUCCUGUGACGUGGACUGAGGUCACGCUUACUGAGAGCCAGCAGCGGCUUGCCCUCCUGAAUUAUCAUGGGCUUGUUGGCAAACACGACCUCCACACCCUUCUGAGCCGUGCCGUGGAGCAUUGUUGCCCUUGAAUCCCUUUUAAUCUGCUUGCUCUAGCUCGUAUUCCAGGGCAGGCUGCAAUCCUUGGCUGCCCCGUUUCUUCUCUCGGCAGGGAUGUGAGCGGUUGUGCCUUACUGUACAUGCAGAUAUAUGCGUGCCUGUGUAGAGAACGUGUAUGUGUGUCCCGAGCGCGGGAAUGGAAAUCCGGGGGAGAAACAGAAUAAAUAAACGGUGGAAUAAAACCAAAGCGAAACG